AAGACCCGAAUUACCAUGAAACGAGACCAACCGCGUUGGGUAUUGGCUUUACUGUUAUUUUUGGUUCAACUGAUAAGCUGUCUCUCCGUAGGACUUGGUGUUUGCAAGAAAAUCGAAGAAACUCUACAAUGUUGUACAAAUUAUCGACAAUUUGGCGACUUCUGCGUACCCUGUGAAAUAGGAACAUAUGGAGAUAACUGUACAGGAGGACCAUGUGUCAAAGGAUUCUAUGGAUUUGGAUGUCUGAGUAAAUGUAAAUGUACUUCUGAACAGUACUGUGACAGGAAGAUUUGGUGUGUUAAUGAUACAAGCAAGGGAAGAACUGGAUUGAAUGAACGGUCAUACAUUAGUACAGUUGUUGCUGUUAUAAUGGGAGUAAUUCUCAGUGUCGGGUCAAUUCUAGCCAUCAUUGUUUUCUUUUACAAUGAGAGAUUAAAGUUUCUUCACCAGUAUUUAAGAAGAUUUGGAACAAACCGGAUUAUUAACAAUGCAACUCAGGAAUCGGAGCAAGAAGACUACUCUCAUAUGACAAAGGCCACAAACAACUACAACGUGCUUCUUUUCAAUGGAAAAAUUAACAAAGUCUCCAGAGUAUACGCCACAGACGAGGAAGGCAGUUAUGAUCAAAUUGGUGCCUUCACCAACGGUCAUACGGUAGAGUCCUGA